GUCCGGUGGUCUUCUUCCCACACCCCCUCCGUCUCUCCGCAUUCCGCAUCUCUCUCUCACUCACUCUCUGCUUCUCUGAAACUACUCUGUGUACGGAAUGGCUGCGGCUUCGACGGAGCCCGCGCUCCCCGGCGGCUCCCCGGCGGACGAGGAUGCGGAGGCGGUGGUCGCCAGCGACGAUCUGCGCCAUCUCCCGGACCAGGCGCUGCAGGCGAGGCUGCAGCGCAUGCAGGCCAGCAUCCACGGAGGCAUCGCCGCCCGCCUCCCCGACGGCGGCAGGACGUUCCGCCGCAAGCUCCUCGCCAUCCGCCGCGAGCUGGAGCGCCGCAAAGGCCAGGCUUCUGCGCUCUCCGCCACGGACCCGCACACGCCGUCGCCCUCUUCCCUGCCCCCGCCAACGCGCCAAGGCGGGCCGCCGGAUGGCGACCAAUGCAAACGUAUUGUGCAGUCAAGGUGUAUGGAAUCGUCUGAUGUACAAGGGACCUCUUCCUUGCCUGAUCGGGUGAAAGAUGAGCAAAUGGAGACCCCUCUAUGUCCAUCAAAGCAGCUGCCGGAUGCACACCCCAUCAAACCAAAAGUAGAGCCUUGCGAGAACUCACUGUCACCAGCUCCAGAUGCCAGCGAAGAUUGUGAGACCACCCCACUCUCCUGCAACCACCCCUUCUUCACCGUCAUUCUGUCAAGGUCUCAUGUUCAGAAGCCGUUUCAGCUGUACAUUCCAGGUCGCUUCCACAAGCACCUCCCGGAGGAGCGCACUUCCGCCACCCUCAUCUGCCGUGGGAGGUCAUGGGCCAUGCGCUACUGUGGUGACUUGAAGACGAAAAGGCUGGAUGCAGAUUGGAUGGACUUCGCUGUCGACAACCGGCUGCAGGUCAGCGAUGCCUGUGUCUUCGAGCUUGUGACUGGCACCAGAGAGGAGGUGGUGUUCCAGGUACAGAUACUACGCGGCGGCCUGCCGAAGGAUAUCACCUCUAAAGGUUACACCGCCGACGAGCCUCUGGUCAUUGUGGGUUAGAGGUCAGGUCAGGAGAUGCUUCUUGUUGCAUGUAGCACAGGAAACUAGCAGCUUUUGUGCGCUGUUAAAAUCUGGUUUCCUCGCAUGGUCAGCGUAUUUUGUUGGAAUUUUGCUAGUAGGCCUUUGGCCCAAAGCCCAAUUAAAAUUCUGAGAUUCUCUUGGCCCAUUCAUGCACACAUGUGAGUGGAGUGAGUGAGAUAAAGUUUAGUCCCACUCCGGAAGUUGAAAGAGAGUUGCACCUCUUUAUAAAGUGAGCUCUUCUAUCACCUCUAAAGGUUACACCGCGGACGAGCCUCUGGUCAUUGUGGGUUAGAGGUCAGGUCAGGAGAUGCUUCUUGUUGCAUGUAGCACAGGGAACUAGGUGCUUUUGCGUGCUCUUAAAAUCUGGAUUCCUGGCAUGGUCAGCGUAUUUUGGGUCAGUUUACUAACAGAAUGGUUUUGGAAGGUGAUGCAUCUUGGAUUCUGACCUUGUAAUUCCCCAUGACAAUUGGGUAAUGAGAAGAAAAUCCAUAUUAUCUGGACAAUACUUCAGCUAUAUUUU